UAAAGUACAUGAGGUUUUAGUCCCGGAAGCAGGAGGUCCUUCACAUGAAUGCGCCUGCACACAUCCCGCGCACGGAUUCAUUCAAACAGGACCUUGACCACCUGUAAGACCCGCGAGAAACCAGAAACCUGCUCCAACGCUCAGUGCGGAAGCGUGACAGAAGCAACAGGAUGUGGAACGAGAAGAAACAGACGAGUCCACCUGCCGACAGCGGCCGGGCUGUAGGCUUCAUCAUCUUUUUCCUCGGGGUGGGAACUCUGCUGCCGUGGAACUUCUUCAUGACGGCCUCUCAGUAUUUCAACCAGCGCCUCACAGCAGCAAACGUCACCGCCAACGGCACGUCGGGCGUGACAACGGAAGACUACAACUAUGACAGCUGGAUGGCGUUGCUUUCCCAGCUGCCCCUGCUGCUGUUCACGCUGCUCAACUCGUUCCUGUAUCAGUGCAGAGUGACGCCGCGUCUCCGCGUGGCCCUCAGCUUCAUCGCCAUCCUCCUGCUCUUCUCCCUCACUGCCGCGCUGGUCCGGGUCGACAUGCUGCCAGACACCUUCUUCUCCGUCACCAUGGCAACCAUCUGGUUCAUCAACAUGUUCAGUGCAGUGCUGCAGAGCUCUCUGUUCGGGGAGGUCGGCCUGUUUCCUCCGCGGUACAGCACUCUGUUCAUGAGCGGUCAGGGUCUGGCCGGGCUCUUUGCUGCACUCGCGAUGCUCGUCUCCAUCUCAAGUAACGCAGAUCAAAGCUCGGCGGCGUUGGGAUACUUCAUCACUCCCUGUGUGGCCACUCUGGGGACUCUGCUGUGUUACCUGCUGCUGCCACACCUGGAAUUUGCUCACUUUUACCUGAACAGGAGAAGCGCUGACAGCGUGGAGGCGACGCAGGAACUCCUCAGCAGCACAGAAGACAAGAAAGGCUUAAACAACAACGCUAAAGACCACGAGGCCAACGGGAAGUUCAUCAGAGAGCAAGACGACAAUCAGGAGCGCUCGUCCGUCCUGGAUGUUUUCAAAAAGAUCUGGCUGAUGGCUGCGUGUGUGACGUGUGUGUUUGCCGUCACCCUGUCAGUGUUUCCUGUGAUCACAGUCCGGGUUCAGACCGUCUACACGGACAUCCCCGCCUGGGACAAAGUGUUCACCUGCGUUUGUUGCUUCAUCGUUUUCAACACCAUGGACCUGGUCGGCCGCGGCGCCCCGUCUCUCGUCCAAUGGCCUUCGAAGGAGAGUCGUCUGUUUCCCGUCGCCGUGUUGUCUCGUCUGGUCUUCGUCCCUCUGCUGAUGAUAUGUAACGUCCAGAACUCCAGACUCACCGUCUUCAGGCACGACGGCGCCUUCGUCACCAUCAUGGCCCUCUUCUCCUUCAGCAACGGAUACCUGGCGAGCCUCUGCAUGGCCUACGCUCCACAGUUGGUGCGCUGUAAAGACUGCGAGACCGCCGGCUCGCUGAUGACCUUCUUCCUGGUUCUGGGUCUGGCACUGGGAGCGUCUUUCUCCUUCCUGCUGGGAAAACUGGUUUAGACAACGGGGACGCGUUGAACACGGAAGAGAUCAGAGAAGAAGAAGAAGAAGAAGAAGAAGAAGAAGAAAAAGAAGAAGAAGAAGAAGAAGAAGCAGAAGAAGCAGAAGAAGAAAAAGAAGUAGAAGAAAAAGAAGCAGAAGAAGAAAAAGAAGCAGAAGAAGAAGAAGAAGAAGAAGAAGAAGAAGAAGAAGGUAACUUCUGGCAAAAAGUUAAAAAGCUUUUAACCCUCCUGAAGAAGGCGGUUUGUGCCGCUACGUGUGGGUUGUAACCCAGAUCUAUAUAUAUAUAUAUAUAUAUAUAUAUAUAUAUAUAUAUAUACAAACACAAUAAUAUAUAUAAUAUUAAUAAUAAUAAUAUA